CAUUGCCUACCAUACAAAGUUUGUCAUUCAACUAGUUUCCCAACUCUACUGUCUCUUUAUUGUUGCUAAUAUGCCAAAAUCUGAGUCCAAGCCUCUAGCCACAGCGGCCAACCUUGCCAACCUUUUGCCUACAGGCACAGUCCUUGCAUUCCAAGCUCUUGCACCUUCAUUUUCUAACAAUGGCUCCUGCCUGCCGGCAAACCGGUACCUCACCUUAAGUAUCAUUGUAGCUUGCGCAUUUGUGUGUUUCUUCUCCUCCUUAACCGAUAGCUUCAUCGACGACAAUGGAAAGCUCUCCUAUGGCAUUGCUACAUUCAAAGGCUUCUACAUCUUCAACAAAGAUGACCGCGACGAAAACGACGUCGAAAAGGCAGAUGCCGCUGGCAAAGAAUGCCACAAACAUGAAGAUGCCGCUGGCAAAGAAUGCAACAAAAAUGAAGAUACCGCUGACAAAGAAUGCAACAAAAAUGAAUAUAAGCCGAGUAAUUAUAAAAUCCAUCCGAAAGACUUUGUGCAUGCCUUUGCAUCACUGCUGGUGUUCCUGGUAUUUGCAACUAGUAGCACUGAUGUGCAGAGGUGUUUCUUUCCUCAUGCUGGGGCUAAUGGAAACACACUGAUGAUGAAUUUGCCUCUAGCAGUUGGGGCUUUUGCAAGCUUUCUGUUCACGAUUUUUCCCACAAAACGUAGAGGGAUUGGUUAUGCAGACAAGCAAGCCUAUAAAUCCCCAAAAUGCGGUUAUGCAGACAAGCAAGCCCAUAAAUGCCCAAAAUGCAAAUCUUGUCUACAUGACGGCUAA